GGCAGUAACAAUUUUGAUUACUCUCAGAGGGGACAAUGGAUUCGAGCUGCAGUUUUGGGAGCCAACGAUGGGCUGGUUUCAGUUGCUUCAUUGAUGAUGGGUGUAGGAGCUGUGAAAGAAGAUGUGAGAGCCAUGCUUCUUGCUGGUUUUGCAGGUACAAUUGCAGGAGCCUGUAGUAUGGCCAUAGGAGAAUUUGUGUCCGUGUACACUCAAUACGACGUUGAGCUUAUGCAGAUGGAGAGAGACGAGAAAGAUGUGAAAGAAAUUGGGGUGACAGAGAAGAGGAAGAAAUUACCUAAUCCAUUUCAGGCUGCAGCGGCUUCUGCAUUCUCAUUCUCUGUGGGAGCACUCGUGCCUUUGCUUGCUGCUGCAUUCAUCUCAAACUACAAGGUGAGGCUAAUGGUGGUUGUGUUUGUGGCUAGUUUGGCUCUUGUAGUGUUUGGAGGAUUGGGAGCUAUGUUGGGAAACACUCCUGUGGUUAGGUCUUGUUUUAGGGUUCUGGUUGGAGGAUGGGUAGCCAUGGCUAUCACUUUUGGGUUAACCAAAUCAUUGGAUUCUGGGGGAGUGCAAUUAUGA